GUUGUGUUGGACUCCUACUUCAAGCGCUCCCUCGAACGCUGCGCGGGGGGGUUGGGUUUCGGCUGCUCUGUACAGCGCAGCAUCGAAGACGGUGGAUUUUGGCUUCUCCUUCGGACUCGGUCAGUGCAGCUCGGGCCGAAGCGAGAGGCGCCAUGCUCUCAUCCCACCAGUCGAAAGAGGCCCUCGGCUCGAAAUCGAUCCAUCACCGAAGAUUCGCAGCCAUGGCCGCGGCAUCCGCCGACUACCACCGUCUCAUCCGCAUGCUGCUCAUUGGUGACUCAGGCGUUGGCAAGUCUUGCCUGAUGCUCCGCUUUGCGGAUGACACCUACAAUGAUGACUACAUGUGUACCAUCGGAGUGGACUUCCGCAUCCGCACCAUGCUCAUCGACGGCAAGACGGUGAAAGCUCAGAUCUGGGACACCGCUGGCCAGGAGCGAUUUCGCACCAUCGCCGCCUCAUACUACCGCAACGCCCACGGAAUUAUCGUGGCCUUUGAUCUCACCGACCGGGAGUCUUUCCGGAAUGUGCGGCAGUGGCUGCAGGAAAUCGAGAAAUAUGCUCCGGCGGGGGUGAACAAGAUGCUGGUAGGCACGAAGAAGGACCUGGUCUCCAAACGUGUGGUGUGUGAAGAAGAAGCACGCGAGUUGGCGGAGGAGCUGCAACUUAGGUACUUGGAGACCAGCGCCAAGAACUGCCACAACGUGGACGAGGCCUUCCAUGCCAUGGCCAAGGAGGUGACGGAGAGGUUGGAGCAGGCGCCUGAGCCUGGGCCUGGCACCAGGACAAUCUUGGGCGGCCCGCGUGUCCGCAUAUCUGCGAAUUGCUGCAGCUGAGGUGCCCAGUUCCUUGAGAUGCCGGAGAGGCACCGAACCCUUGUACAGCUAUAGGUGUCAGGGUCUCAGGGUGGUCCCUCUGCUUCCA